AUGUCAAUUUUAAAUGCCAACGCCGAUGCCUGUCCCUCCGUUAUUCCCGAUGCCGACUCCGAUGGCAGUGCCCAGGCCUCCUUUGUUGCAUCCGAAUUCCCAGCCCGAAUCCAGCCCACUUUCCAUGCCUUCCCCUUCAAAUCCAUCAGCUCCGUCAAGUCUACCUUCCUCGGCAGAACCACUUCCUCGGCCACCCGCUGGCCGCUCGAAGCCGCACCCGCCGAUGGUCCCGCAAUUGAUACAACUGUAGGAAUCGGUAAAGACUGUGCCGGACCAGAGGGAAGUGGGAUAGCAGCCGGCCCAACGGUGGAGGAUAUAGUCGGUGGCCCAGUGAAUGGAACCGGUGCAAUUGAAGGAACUGGGACAAUGACAGGCGGUGCUUCAGGCGGAACUGGUGCAACUGAAACAGGCGGAAUUGGAACAAUUGAAGGAGCUGGGACGACAACAACAGGUGGCACUUCGGACGGAGCUGGAAUAGCAACAGGAGCUGGUGCUGGUGCAGGUGCAGCAGAUGAGACUGGCACGAUUGAAGGAGCUGGGAUAACAGCAAUAGGUGGCGCUUCAGACGGAGCUGGUGCAGCCAAAGGAGUCGAUGGAACCACAAGCGGCGUAGAAUAA